GCUGCCGCCUCUCUCUCUCUCUGUCUCUCUCUCUCUGCACACCAUUGCACCGCUAGACAGACAGACACACAGACUAGUGUACACGCUCUAGACAGACAGAUGCAAUACUUGUUUGUAUUAACGGAUUGCCUGUGCUCCUUGCUGUGAGUGAGAACAAACUCUCCUUUCUUCUGGCAGACGGACAAGUAAUUAACUGUACACACACUACACAGCGGCCUUCUCCCCCCACAAACACACAAAUAAAGACUCUCACUCUAAGGCACGCCAACAACAAUCCCCCCGAGACAAAACCACCCCCACCCCCCACCCCAAUGGGAUGGCACCCCUCCCUCGCCCAUCCCAUGUGUCUGCCCAUCUCCAUCCAUGCGUCUGUCUGUCUGUCUGUAUCGUCAUUCAUUCAUUCAGGGCAUGCCCUGGAAGUUUUCACCUCUCUCGAAGAGGUCACUGUCCGGGCCCUCCCCCCUCCCAUGGCUUUGCCCCUGCCCACCCUCCCCCUGCUGCAUCAUUGUGUCGAGCCGCUCCUUCAGACGCCGCCGUAUCGCACACACAGCCGACAGCUGACCUCGGCCCAUCGACACAUUGCCGGGGAUCGAGACGUCCUGCUUGUUGCUCGGUGAGGGGAUGAGCGGCACGAUCAGGGCGCCCCCGACGGUGCCGCUGCCCGUCAUGGACACGCCCACCCGCGGCGGCUCGAAGAGCACCUCAAACUCAGUGUUGGAGCGAAACCGCCGCCUGAAGUAAAAAGCGCAGCCGUCAUCUGCACACACGAAUCCAUGCAGCCAGCCGGCAGCCAAGGGGUCCGUGGACACAUGUAUGUAUGUGUCGCUUGACAUGAUGUAAUGUGAGGUUUUGUUGCUGAGACUUGACUUACCGCACUCUGAUUGGAACCAGUAGAAGGGCAGGUCUGGCCAGGGGCCGUCGAUGGUCAAGGUGGGCGACCUGUGCACACACACAGACACGGAUGCACAUGAAUGUGCGUCCAUGUGUUGCUGCAUGUAAUGGCACCAGGCGUCCCUCCCCUCUCACCUGAGCAAGGCUUUGUGCCGGACCACUCUGGGGUCAUUCGUCACCGGCUCGAUGUCCAAGGUGGUGAAGCUACC